GAGUGGACGAGAGACGGCUGGGGGCGGGGUGGAGGGAAGCUGUCCCUGCGGCGACGUGCGCUCAGAGCACGGAGGCGGGGAGGGUCUGAGAGGACGCGCGGCGUGUGACCGCCGAGGCUGCGGCGGCUGGAACAGGUAGCUCCACCCCGCCCGGGAUCAGGCCAGGGGGAAGCUGCCGACUGCGGCUGCCAACUCGCGCCGGGCGCUCCAGCGAAGUCGCGGAGCGGAGUCCCGCGUCCCGCCUCCUCCCUGCCGGGCGCGCUCUCCUCGCUCCCCGAGCAACCCUUCCCCACUUUUCCCCCCUUUUGCAAUCGCACGGCAUUUUAAGAAUGCCGGAAAGAUGGCGGUAGCAGCGGCGGCGGCAGCGGCAGUGGCAGCGGGGCCGGCCGGCGGGGGAGGCGGCCGGGCGCAGCGGAGCGGGCUGCUGGAAGUUUUGGUGCGGGAUCGCUGGCACAAAGUUCUGGUGAACUUGAGCGAAGACGCCCUGGUUCUGAGCUGCGAGGAAGGCGCUGCGGCGUACAACGGCAUCGGGACCGCCACCAAUGGCUCGUUCUGCAGGGGCGCCGGCCCCGGGCACCCAGGCGCAGGCGGCGCGCAGCCCCCGGACUCUCCCGCCGGGGUCCGCACCGCCUUCACCGACCUGCCGGAGCAGGUGCCCGAGUCCAUCUCUAACCAGAAGCGCGGCGUGAAGGUGCUGAAGCAGGAGCUGGGCGGGCUGGGCAUCAGCAUCAAGGGGGGCAAGGAGAACAAGAUGCCCAUCCUCAUCAGCAAGAUCUUCAAGGGGCUGGCGGCGGACCAGACCCAAGCCCUGUACGUGGGCGACGCCAUCCUGUCUGUGAACGGGGCCGACCUGCGGGACGCCACCCACGACGAGGCGGUGCAGGCGCUGAAGCGCGCUGGCAAGGAAGUGCUGCUGGAAGUGAAGUACAUGCGAGAAGCCACACCCUAUGUGAAGAAAGGCUCCCCAGUGUCUGAGAUCGGGUGGGAAACGCCUCCGCCCGAAUCCCCGCGGUUAGGGGGCAGCUCCUCAGACCCUCCGUCAUCACAGUCCUUCUCCUCCUUCCAAAGAGACCGGAAAAGCAUCCCCCUCAAGAUGUGCUACGUCACAAGGAGCAUGGCCUUGGCUGACCCCGAGAACAGGCAGCUUGAAAUCCACUCUCCAGAUGCCAAGCACACGGUGAUCCUGAGGAGCAAGGACUCAGCCACUGCCCAGGUCUGGUUCAGUGCCAUCCAUUCCAACAUCAGUGACCUGCUGCCCCGAGUGAUUGCCGAGGUCCGAGAGCAGCUGGGGAAGGCGGGCAUUGCCGGGAGCCGGGAGCUCAGGCAUCUUGGCUGGCUCACAGAAAAGGUGCCUGGGGAUGGUGAGAAACAGUGGAAGCCUGCCCUGGUUGUACUGACUGAGAAGGACCUUCUAAUUUAUGACAGCAUGCCACGGAGGAAGGAAGCCUGGUCCAGCCCAGUCCACACGUACCCUCUUCUUGCCACCAGGCUGGUCCAUUCAGGUCCAGGGAAAGGAUCGCCCCAGGCUGGUAUGGAUCUGUCCUUUGCAACUCGAACUGGUACCAGGCAGGGGAUUGAAACACAUCUCUUCAGGGCUGAGACCAGCAGGGACCUCUCACACUGGACAAGGAGCAUAGUACAGGGGUGCCACAACUCGGCCGAACUCACUACUGAAAUCACCACAGCUUGUACCUACAAAAACCAGGAGUGCCGUUUGACCAUCCAUUAUGAGAAUGGAUUUUCUGUUACCACUGAACCACAGGAGGGUGCCUUUCCCAAGACAAUCAUACAGGCUCCUUAUGAAAAGCUGAAAAUGUCUUCAGAUGAUGGAAUCAGGAUGCUGUAUUUAGAUUUUGGAGGCAAAGAUGGAGAGCUCCAACUGGACCUUCAUUCCUGCCCCAAGCCAAUCGUUUUCAUCAUCCAUUCCUUCCUGUCAGCUAAGAUUACAAGACUGGGUUUGGUGGCCUGAAAAGAGGGGCGAACUGCCUAUGAGAAAAGGAGGCUGGGACGCCACCAAAAAGGGUCAUAUUGGACACCAUUUGCAGUGAUGCACCCGAUGUAGCAUGCCACAGUCAGCUUUAGACCCCAAGAGUCCUGUUUAACGGUCCCAGACUCCUCUGUCAAUUUCAGGAACUAUAAGCAGUACCCUCAGAAAAUACCACCAGGAUGAUCAGACUUUUAGUACAGUAAAAGGGUAAAGAGGUGAGGCUGGCCGAAAAUACACAGCAUAGCUUUUAAAUAAUGACAGUCAAGGACAUGAACAUUAGAACAGCAUGUGCAGAUCUUAAUCAAACCAGUUUCUAGCUAACUGGUUCACCCAGGUAAGCAAGGGCUGAAUAAAUGAGAAAUGGACCUUUUUCACCUCUCUCCCCCACCAGUAACCAGGAUUCCUUGUUCUACUGUGAUUUACUUCCCACUUCGAAUUGAGUUGACUUUCGCUGGUAAGGAAAGUCUUCAAAUGGAGACCCACUUUUAUUUAAGAAUGAAACAGCUGUUACUUUUUCCGUAUGAAUUAUCUUUCAGUGAUGUAGUAUGAUUCUGAAGUGUUCUCAUUAGCAUAUGAUGAUUGAGAAUUAAAUAAAGCAUCAGAUACCCAUCUGAGCUGUAAGCUUGUGGAUUCUGAGCCAAAGCAGACUGCUUAAACUGCAAAGCUUUGCUGAAGAGUGGUGUGCUACAUUCCUACCAAGGUCUGCUGUCUUAGAGCCACGACUUACAGCUUUGUUUGUAGAAAGCAAAUUAUGGGUAUUUUUAAAAAGUUGUCAUAUAUAUAAUAAUAAUUCAUUUGGGGUUAAGUAAUUAUCCUCAUUUUGUGGUUUUCAGUGGAAGUACUGAGCAAUUUAUUGGCCCUUGUUACUACCUGUGCUUAUUUGCAUGAAUUUUCAAGCAAGUAAUAGUGCAGCCUUACGUGACUCUGGUUAAUGCUGGGAUUUACAUAUAGAGCCAGUGUUAUAAUCAAAUCCAUUGAUAGUAUCUUCAGCUCUUUUGGAAUUCCAGGGAAAUAAUAUAAGGACCUGAUAUUUUUCUACAAGAAUAUUUUCAAACAUUCAAAUGGCAUAUAUUACUUUUGCUUUUCUUUCAACACAAAUUCACUGAAAACACACCUAUUAUUUGAUUUUAAAGUCACUUUCUUUAAACCUUGAAAAUUAGCUGUAGAAUUUCUGUGUCUGUAACCCUGGUAGUUUAUAUAGACAAAUGUUCCAGGUUAGACUGAUGUGUUUUUUCAGAACCAUAUUUUAGCAAAUACCUAUGCAAAGAGCUUUAAAAAAUUAAUCUGUUUUAAAAGAAUGAUUUUGUUCACUCAACUAUCUGUGUUUGUUGAGUUUUACUUUAGAUCAGCAUUGUAUUUUUGAUCAGUGUUUCCCCAAAGUAGGUAUCAUGUAAUACAAGUUCCAAGGGGCAUUGACUGAGUGGUGUUUUGUGUGGGAAAUGAGGUGUUUGGUAAUCAAAACAUGUUUGUUAAAUACUGAGUUAAAAAAUAUCAAACAGAUUUCACGGUUGCAGUCCUCCUCAAAGACUUAUCGCACUUUGCCGUUUUGUAAGGGGGUCCUGUGCGCCAUUCCUUUAGCUUACCUACAGACCUCCUCUCUAAAGGAGCAAUUUGUGAAGCUAGUGUUUAAAGAAACGCACACAAACACACAAAACAAACAAAAAAGCCACUUUGGAAAACACAACCUUAGGACAUUGAUUUUGUUUUGUUUCCUAUUUAAAAAUGCUGAAGUGAAGUCUCAGCCUGAGCAUUGCAGGAAAGCUUUGAUGCAUAUGUAAAUUAUACCGCCUUCUUUCAUUAUAUAUUUUCAGAAAUCACUGGAAUGUUGUUAUACAAGAGAAUUAUACUUGUGUAUUGUAAAUAACAUAUUAAGAAACAUAUAUUAAUGCCAAUAGUUUAAUUCAACAAUAUGUAAUCUAAGGUGCUCAGUACUAUAUGAAGUGUGAGUUAAUUACUCAUAAUUAAGUUGCAAAGAUCCAAUUAUAUAUUUAUAGACAAAUUAAAAUGAUCAUAAUUACAAAUAUUUCUUCAUCACUUGAGUUUUGGACUGAUUAAUAUCUGGGUGAGGGGGAAACAAUCUACAUUCUCUGCGUUGAUAAGCAUUUAAUUUAAAUAUUUAUAUUUUAGAAAAUAUAUUUGAAUAAAAUUUAAUGCAUUUUCUGAAUGGACAUGUGUGAUUAGCAAGAAAUAGAAAAUUCUACUAAGAGAUCUGUGUAAAUCAUUUUUCUUCCUCCAGGUUAAAGUGCAUCAUAUCAGAGUGGCUAUGAUGAAUCAAUUUCAAAUACCUUUUUCUCAUACUGAAUUCAACAAGUUAUGACUUUAUGCUGUAGAUUUUAAUCUUGUCUUGAUGUGUGUUAUGAAUAACAUGAACUCAUACAUUUGGAUCAUGCCUGGGUGCAGUCAGCAAAUCAAAUGAGUCAUUUUAGAGAAUUUGUUCUUGUCCAGUUCCCUCUGUGCUCAGUCUGUUUCUUAUUUGAAUCAAUGAAUUAUUAAAUUCACAGUGUUUGUCUCUUUAGGGAAAAACCAGCACCAAUGAAUGAUGUCUUAACCUACACUUUGUGGGAAGCUAACCACUUUUUUUUUUUUUUAGGGCCGCACCUGUGGCAUAUGGAGGUUCCCAGGCUAGAGGUCGAAUUGGAGCUCCAGCUGUUGGCUUAUACCACAGCCACAGCAACGCCAGAUCUGAGCCGCGUCUGCGACCUGCACCAUAGCUCACGGCAACGCCAAAUCCUUAACCCACUGAGUGAGGCCAGGGAUCAAACCCGCAACCUCAUGGUUCCUAGUCAAAUUUGUUUCCACUGCACCGCGACAGGAACUCCUGCCCAUUUGUUGGUAGAUGUGAUCAGGAGAACGCUCGGUGUGGUGACGUAUCUUUCUUUACACCAUCCCAAUGGAAUUUUUAAAAAGGUAGGAACGGCGCUAUCACAAUUUUUUUGACUUGAACUGAAUAGGAGAAACAAAAUGGUCAACUUAGUCAAAAAUACCCAGGCAGAGGCAUUUAAUUAAUUCUAUCAAUUGUUGCUGAAACAUGCAUGUUUUUUUUUGUCCAAAAGCUUGUUGAUCCUGCUUGGUUGAAGUCACAAA